AUGCCAAGGAUUUACUCUGUUUUGGUUGAAGGCGAACCAUUGGCCUUUCGUGCAAACAUCAACAGGAAAGCUUUGGCAGUUGAAGCAAAGAAGAUAGUAGAGACUCACGAAAAUAUUCUUCGAAGCACACUUGAAAAUGGAAGUUAUACAAAGCUUUACAGCUUCAAACACAUCAUCAAUGCUUUCGCAAUCCGUACCACUCCAUCUCAGGCCAAGAAACUAAUGGAAACAAAAGGAGUGACGGCAGUGGAAGAAGACAAAGGAGUGAAACUAAUGACAACGUACACUCCUGACUUCUUGGAACUUCCAAGAAAAGUCUGGUCAGAGAUCUCCAGCGACGGAUACAGACGUGCCGGAGAAGAUAUCGUAAUCGGUUUUGUGGAUACCGGAAUUAACCCUACUCAUCCGAGCUUCGCUGUCGAUCUCACCAACCCUUUCUCAACGAAUCGCUCACGUAUAAAUUUCUCCGGUGACUGUGAGACCGGUCCUCUCUUCCCCAUAGGAUCUUGUAACGGAAAAAUCAUCUCCGCAAGGUUCUUUUCUGCCGGAGCUAGAGCUCUCGUCCCUCUCAACAGCUCUUUGGAUAUUCUCUCUCCGUUUGAUGCGUCCGGUCACGGAAGCCAUGUGGCGUCCAUUGCAGCCGGAAAUGCAGGAGUUCCGGUGAUCGUCGACGGAUUCUUCUACGGCCGAGCCAGCGGUAUGGCUCCACGAGCACGAAUUGCCGUUUACAAAGCGAUUUAUCCAUCAAUCGGAACUCUUGUUGACGUAAUUGCUGCCAUCGACCAAGCAAUAAUGGACGGCGUAGAUGUGUUGACUCUGUCGAUUGGACCGGACAGGCCACCGGUAGAUAAGCCGACGGUACUCGGAAUAUUCGACAUCGCAAUGCUAUUGGCUAGAAAAGCAGGAGUGUUUGUGGUGCAAGCAGCAGGUAACCGUGGCCCAUCGCCGUCUUCCGUGGCGUCUUAUAGUCCGUGGGUAGUUGGCGUAGCCGCCGGAGGUACCAACCGGUCUUAUCCUGCUUCUCUUAUCCUCGACGGUGGCGCGACCGUUCAGGGCGUCGGACUUUCAGGUCCAACUCUUGGAGCUCCUUUCCUUCAGCAUAGGCUAGUCUUAGCCAGAGAUGCAGCUAGAACAAACGGCUCGGUUGAAGAAUGUCAGCGACCGGAGAAUUUCGAUCCGGUGAAGGUUUUUGGAAGUAUUGUGAUUUGUACAUUUUCCGACGGCUUCUACAAUCGAAUCUCGAGCGUCCGAGCCAUCACUCGAACCGCCAUGACUCUUGGUUUCACGGGUUUCAUUCUCAUCGCCAACCCUAGAUUCGGCGACUACAUUGCAGAACCAGUGAUAUUUUCGGCUCCCGGUAUUCUAAUCCCUAAAUUAUCAGAUUCCCAGACUAUUUUGAGGUACUACGAAGAGAAAAUCUACCGAGACAGGAGCGGAAUGGUGACACAAUUUGGGGCACGAGCACGAAUAGGCGAAGGCCGAAACUUUGUAUUCGCCGGAGAAUCACCUGUGGUGAGCAGAUUCUCUUCUCGAGGGCCAGCUUUUCUCGAUGCAAAUCGGAAUGUUUUAGAUGUGCUUAAGCCAGAUAUUCUUGCACCUGGUCACCAAAUAUGGGGAGCUUGGAGCCUCCCUAGCGCCUUUGAUCCCAUCCUCAUAGGACGUAGCUUUGCAUUAUUGUCUGGAACUAGCAUGGCAGCUCCUCACAUAGCGGGGAUCGGCGCGCUGAUAAAGCAACUUAAUCCUUCUUGGACUCCGGCUAUGAUUGCGUCGGCCAUUUCUACAACCGCCACAAAAUAUGAUAGUUCCGGUGAAAAUCUUUCAGCGGAGUCUUAUAGAAUCGGUGAACUUGUUCCAGCUAACCAUUUUGAUCAUGGCGCUGGUCAUGUUUAUCCGGCUGGAGCCAUAGAUCCAGGGCUGGUUUUACCCACAGGUUUUGAAGACUACAUCAGUUUCUUGUGUUCACUACCAAACAUUAACCCGGUGAUGGUUCGAGCCACAACCGGAUUCUGGUGUACCACCGCUCUUAGCCACCCAGCUAAUCUAAACCAUCCGUCAGUUACUAUUUCUGCACUUAAAAGGUCACUUGUGCUGAGAAGAAGUUUCCAAAACGUAUCUAAUAAGACCGAGACGUAUAUUGGUUCGGUUUUACCUCCAAAUGGUACAACUGUACGGUUAAGUCCACCUUCGUUUACUAUACGGCCACAGAGAAUCCAAGAUGUGGACAUUGAGUUCAAUGUCACACGAGUCCAAAACCAGUUUACAUUUGGCGAAAUUGUUCUUACCGGAAGCUUAAACCAUAUUGUAAGAAUCCCGUUGUCGGUUAAGACCACAGCGUUGUGA